GCUGAACUUGUCACCGCCAAAUGAUCCGCGGUCUUCCAACAGCAGCAGCAACAAACUCAUCCUCCUACUCCUCCCCCGGGUGGUGUCCGGGUCCUCCUCCUCCAGCCUCUCUCUUUCUCUCUGUAUCUUGGUCCGCGUAUCAUUCAUUCAUUUGUUAUUCGACAACUGGGUAGGAGGAGGAGGAAGGAGUGAGUAGCAGCAGCAGCAGGAGACGCGUCCGGCUUUUCUGGUUCUUUCGCAGCUUUUAAAUCGAACACAGGACUCGCUGCGUGGACACAGCGCAGAUUUUGGUGGUGGUUCGUAGAGUUUGGAGGUUUCAAGAAUUUUUUAAAAUAUUUUUUUUUGCCUUUCAACGAUAGCCUGCGCACACGUGCACGUGUUCUCGCGUUAUUGGAAGCGCAUUGAAAGCGUUAAGAGGUUCGGAAGGCAGGUGUGCCGGGAACGACGCAAAGGCAGGUAGUGAUAGGUGGGUAGGUGUAGCCGGUGCGCGUACACGUAGUCACCGCCGCUCUAUAUAGUAGCUGGGUAGGUGUAUACUCAUCCGUCUUGUGCUAAAUAAACUCCACCGCUGAAGCCGAGAUGGCAGAGACCACGGCUCCUCCGCGGCGAGACGAAGUGGGAGAUGCGAAACACAACCACCAACACCACCAUCAACAGCAGCAGCAGGAGGAUCAGAAGGGCGACUGCAGCGAGCAGGAACUCCUUGAGCUGCUCCGCCAGAAAGAGUCGGAGCUGGUGAUGGCUGCCGAGCUGGGAAAGGCUUUGCUGGAGAACAACCAAGAACUUCGCAGGACAAAGGAGAUCCAGCAGACCGAGCUGAUCGAGAGGAUGGAGCGCCUGGAGCAAGAGCGUCAUGGAGCAGUGAGGCGGCUGGAGGUGCGCGAGAGCGAGUGGGAGGGCCGCGUCGCCGAGCUGGAGGUGGAGCUGACCCACGUGCGCCAGGAGCUGGACAGGAAGCAGCAGGGCAGCCUGGAGACUGACCGUGAGAAGUCGCGGGCACUUCGCGAGCUCAGCGAGCAGAACCAACGGCUCCUGCAGCAGAUCGUGGCGGCGGGAGAAACAGAAACGCGGCUGUCGGCCGAGCUGACCAAACUGCGGGAGGAAUUCCGCGAGAGGACCCGCGCCGCCGGGGUGCACGCGCUCAAAGAGACGUCCCUUCAUUCAGAGCUGCGAGUGCUUCUGGAGCGGCGGCGUGAGCUGGAGUGCAGGGUGUCUGCCCUGCAGGAGGAGAACGCCGCCACGCAGGGAGAGCUGGACGAGGCGCUCGCCCGCUCGGCCAUGCUCGAGCGCCAGGCUCACGGCGCGCAGGUGCAGCUGUCCCAGCUGCAGGCGGAGCGCCGGGAAACCAGCGACUCGCCCCGGUGUCCUGCACGCAGGAGAGGGAGCGUGUCCGAGAGGGACCAGGGUGGGGACGUCAACAACAUGUCCCUACUCUCGGAGAUCGAGCACAGCAUAGAGAGGGAACAGUUCCAGCAGGACAUCCAGAGCGUCUACGGCCAGCUGCAGUUCCUGUGCGAGCAGCUCAAGGGGGGCGACCCGAGGCUCAAGCUGGAGAGUAAAACGAGCGGCGAGGUGGCGGCCGCGGGGCAAGCGGCGCCCGAGCGCUGGACGGGCAGCGACGUGGCGGCGUGGGCGGAGAGCGAGCGAUGGCCGGCGAGCGACGCGGUCGACUCGGGCGUGGAGACGGACGUCUCGGUGGCCGAGAGCACCGGCAGCGAGGCCACCCCCGAGGGGCUGCACGCCGCGCUCGACGAACUCAAGGCGCUCAUCCGCAACCUGUGCGACAGCGACCUGCAGCUGGUACGGGAGCAGAACCUUCAAGUUCAGCUGCGGAGUGCCUUCUCAGAGCUGGACACUCUCCGUCAAGAAAGGGAGCAUGACGGCGAGGAGCUGCGCGUCUACAAAGAAAAAGCAGAGCACCUGCAGAGCGAGCUGGAGGCCCAAGCAGAAGAGCUACGAGAGGUUCGGGAGGAGUGCAAGGGGCUGCAUACCGUGCUGGCGGGGCUUCCCUGGGACGACGGCUUGAGGAAGGCCUUAAGAGAGCGUGACGAGGCCAUUGCAAAGAAACAGGGGGUCGAGGUGGAGCUGGAGAGAUGUCGAGAGGACAUGGUGACAUUGAGUAACCAGCUUCUGGAGGCCAUUCAGCAGAAGGUUGACCUGUCACAGCAGCUCGAGGCUUGGCAGGAUGACAUGCAGAUGGUCAUCGGUGAGCAGCUCAAGGAGCAACACCGCAAAGACAAGUCUCGUCAAGUGUCUGCUGGAUCUCUCCGAACGAGAAGUGUUCCUCAGGACACCAAGGGCUUCUUCCUCUCCUUCCUGAAGAACAUUUGAGCCCAGACUUUUUGGGCUGCUGUGUGAUGCGUAGGGCUUCAAGUGCAAUUGCUGGAACACGACCGUUUGUCUUCGUCAAUGUGUUUUUUUUUCUUCUAACGAUGCCGUUGCAUCGAAAAAAGUCACACUAUGGGAAAUGUAUAUUUUUUUACUAUUCCAGGACUCAAAACGCAUUUCAUAAACAACAAAAUAAAAAAAGAUGGGUGCAGUGGCUGAUGCAGGUCUCUGAAAAUCCUGCAUGUGCUGGUUUCCAGAAUCAGAAUCCCUCUUUAAUUUAGACUGGAAGAAUCCGAUGAGCUAUGAAGCUCUUUUUCACAGGUGUCCAGAAGAUGUCCAGUUCGCAAAUGCUUAGCCUUUCAUCUAAGGUACGGUGCGAAAGAAGUUCAACAUACAUACACCUUGGAAGCAUGGAAUAUGGCGCUGUCUAUGGAGUUAUUUUCGAAGUAUGCACUUAAAAGUGGAACACUGUGUACAUGAAUAAUAAUAUUUUGCUAACCAAUGUUAUAAGCUAUACAAUUUGAUCAUUUUGUUAACAAAAACAACAAUACGAAAUCCCUACCUUUGAUAUGCUCAACAAUAUUUAUUUGUCUUGUGCUACACCUGACAUUAUUCUGUGCUUGCAAUAUUACAUGUUUAGAUGAUAUAAUAUUUAUGUUACUUACACUGCAGGUUUCAAGGUCAUGUUUAUAAUAUGUAUAUACAAUGAGUAUGUGGCAUUGUGCAUUUGUUUGUGUACAUUGGAGUUCAAUACUGAACGGCUAACCCCGUGGAUCCUAGAUCAAUUGAAACAAGUGACCUAUUCAUUUAAGGAAAGGUUUUUGGUCAAAUAAAACAAGAUGAAAAUAACACACGGUGCAUUUUUUAAAAGAUCACAUUUGAUGUAAAGAUCUCUGGCUGCUGAGCAAUAAUUUGGCAAAAAUUGUAAUGUGUAUGACCUAUACUCCUUGGUUCUUUCUGUAAAGUCACGUAGGUAGAAAAAUAAUAGAUCGACGUUUCGAUCGCAACACAAGCAACCGUCAUCAGGUGUGUUGCGAUCGAAACGUCGUGAUCUAUUAUUUUUCUACCUACGUGACUUUACCGAAAGAACCAAAUAGUAUGGAUUGCUGCAGUCACGAAAGCUUCAAAUCAAGAUUGUUUAUGACCUGUGUGGUUGGUACUGUGUGAUAAGUAUGACAAGCUUAGUUUUUUCCAUUCCCGAGUUGUGUGUGCGUGCCUGAGGUUGCAGAGAUGUGAUGCUAUGAAUCUGUGCAUUAGGACCUUGGUGGUGGAGAUUAUUCAACGUGAUGAAUGGUUUUUCAGGCCACCUGCUACCAACUGGCCGAGUGUGGCUUCACAGAUGAGCAAUUCCAAAUCUUAGACUUACCCUGUCACUGGAGAAAAAACCCCUUUUUCAUUUGGUGUGAUUGUGCAUACAAUGCAAAUGUUAUAUUUAUUUACGUUUAUUUUCAAUUUUUGCGAUAUCCGCCAUUAAGAUGUUGCAUAAUUAGUCUUUCAGAGAAAAAAUAACAUGUGAUUUUGGAUCUUAAUACAGAAAACUCACUGCAGUGUACUGCCGGUAAUGGUUCAAUACCCGUGCCAAAGAUUCACAAAACCUGUCCUGAAACCGUAACCUCUGGACGUACACAAAAUCAUUCGCGCUCAAUGCUGUAGUCAUAUCAUGGUGUGGGUUGCGUCUAAAAUGAGUAUCGUGCCUGGAAAAAUCGAGUGACCAAAUGUAAACUGGGGGCAGGAAUGUUCAAGUCGGUUUUGGAUUUGAAAGUAAUCCUGAUAACCAUUUGAUAGUUUAAGAAAUGGUACAAGAAAGCUGUUUUGUAAAGAAUUAAAGGUCUACUUUUAGUUUAUUGUUAAAUGAAAGUGAUAUAAAUGUGCAGUAUAAUAUAAAACGUAUACUUGUGUGUUUGAUGAAACAAAAGUGUUAAACUCGAGCACUGCACAUGAACUGGGUUUCUCCCUCCAUGGGAACUCUCUUUUACCCUGCUGUCAAGCUAUUGACACAAAAAUAACACGUCCGUUAUGAGCAAUAAAUAGUACUUGGCUUUUGUUAACUUGUGUGUCUCUUAACACAGCUCCAUUCUGGUUACUAAAAUCGCUACUCGUCUGAGCAGAAAACGUUACAGUAGUGGUCGUCGUUUGUGCUACAAAUGACAAUUACCUCUGCUAUGGAAGUUCUCGCCUUUGCAAGUGCUGAGCUGUCCCAGGAGUUUGUGUCCGACAGCACACCUCCCACCGUCCUGUCUACCCAUAGAAAGCAGAUUUUAAAUCAUCGUUUGAUAAGGACCGUAAUGUUAGAUGCUGCUACUACAGUAACGCCAAAAAACCGUGAUUGCAGAAUGUGUGAAGAUGCUUUCAUUGAGUUCAUAACCAUUCUACCGCUUCUAUAAAAUCCGGCAUCAAAGUGCAAUGCAGUUCAGUAUUGACAUGCAAGGAAAAUAACAAGCAUAAGGCAAAUGCCGACGUGGAAAUUAGGUGGUUCAAUUGCUUAACUGGAAUGCAAAUAUUAAAUGUCAUUUCUUGGCGAACUACUCUUUGUAAUAGCACUCGGGCCGUCUUUGUAGAUGUUUAAUGUUGGGAUGACUUUGACAUGCUUGUUAUAACACGUGUACAUAAAUAAAGUUACAAAU